UUUCCUUGUGAGGAGGAGUCCUGCAUAUUGGUUUUAAACAAUUUUCAGAUUCAUAGAAUGAUAGAAAUAGAGCUUUGGUGCAUCAUAACUAUUGGAUUGACCAAGAUCAAGAGUAGAUUUGACCCCUUACUAAGCCUGAAAGAACAAAUCUUAAACCCCCCAAAAACCACAACACAAACACAAACACCAACAGUUCAUUUCAAUGGCGGCAUCCUAGGUUGUUGUUGUAGUGUUUUGAGAAGACAAACAACAAAGAUCCAUCCAUGAUGCUGUCAACACUCAAACAUCAUGUAACCAAACACAAACCCAAUUCUCUCUUCUCUUCCAUUCUCACCUUCUUCUCCAACAAUCACUCUUCACUUUCACCCUCUUCACCACCUUCAUCUCUUCCUUCACCUUCCUUCACCAUCUCCAAAAACGACGUCGCUGACUCCUUCAAAACAUGGUUCACAACCCGCCACCAAUCCCAUGACCCCCUCCUCCUCCGCGUCUUCCAGAUCCUCUCCUCCGGCGACGACUUCUCCGCCGCGCUCUCCGCACUUUCUCUCCCUCUCUCCGAGUCCUUCGUCCUCCGCGUCCUCAGCCACGGCGGCGGUGAUGGUGAUAUCCUCUCAUGUCUCAAAUUCUUCGACUGGGCUGGCCGCCAGCCAAGGUUUAACCACACGCGCGCCACGUUUGCUGCCAUCUUCCGCAUCCUCUCGCGUGCCAAGCUCAGGCCUCUCAUUCUUGACUUCCUCCGCAAGUUCAGUAGGGGCAGGGUCACCCACAAGGUUCGCUUCCACGACACGCUUGUCGUCGGUUAUGCCAUCGCCGGGAAACCUGACAUUGCACUCCACCUGUUCGGCAAAAUGCGCUUCCAGGGUUUGGACUUGGAUGGUUUUGGUUACCAUGUUCUCUUGAACUCGCUUGUGGAGGACAACUACCAAAAUGCUUUUGAUGUCAUUGCCAACCAGAUUCGCAGGAAGGGGUACGAGAGUCACGUCACCAAUGUCAUUGUUAUUAAGCAUUUGUGCAAGGAAGGUCGGUUGGAGGAGGUGGAAGCUUAUCUCAAUGGCUUGGUGGGUAGUGGAAAGGAGUUGCACGGGUCUGAGGUGAAUUUUCUUGUUGGUGUAUUGUGUGAUAGUAAUAGAUUUGAGCGUGCUGUUGAGUUGGUUAGGGAGUUCGGGACCUCUGGGUCGUUUCCGUUGGAGAAUGCCUAUGGUUUGUGGAUAAGGGGUCUUGUGCGGGGUGGGAGAUUGGAUGAAGCACUGGAGUUUUUUAGGCAGAAGAGAGAUUCUGAAGGGUACGUUCCUUCCCACGUUCGGUAUAACACUUUGAUUUGCAGGCUUUUGAGGGAGAACCGGCUUAACGAUGUGUAUUAUUUGUUGAUGGAUAUGAACGAGACUUGCACUCUCCCUGAUAUGGUUACCAUGAAUGCUGUCUUGUGCUUUUUUUGCAAACUGGGGAUGGCGGAUGUUGCACUAGAAUUGUACAGUUCCAGGUCUCAGUUUGGACUGUCUCCCAAUCACAUGGCUUACAAGUAUUUGAUACUUACUUUGUGUUGGGAUGGGUGCACUAAUGAGGCAUACAGAGUGUUGAAAAGUUCUGCUCGUGCAGGUUAUUUUCCUGAUAGGCGGACCUUUCUAACGCUUGCCACUGCUUUAUGUAGAGAUUGCAAGAUUGAUGAGAUGAAGGAGUUGCUCCAUGAUGCCUUGCUAAGGAAUUUUAAGCCGAAUUCUUCCGUAUAUGACAGGUUUAUAUCGGCUCUAUGCCGAGCUGGAAGAGUGGAAGAUGGUUAUUUGAUACAUGGGGAUCUUAAAAAUGUAACUGUUAGAUUUUCGUACACCAAGAUGAUUAUGGGUUUUACCAAGUCAAAUAGGGGGGACAUAGCUGCUCGUCUUCUUGUUGAAAUGAAAGAGAAGGGUCAUGAGCUGAAUCGUUUCGUAUUUAGACAUGUUCUUAAUUGUUUACUUCAUAUGGAUAAUCCAAGAACACGUUUUUUCAAUUUAUUGGAGAUGUUGACUCAUGGUAAACCUCAUUGUGAUAUUUUCAACCGUUUCAUUGACGGAGCUAUGGAUGCCAAAAAGCCUGAUUUGGCUAGGGAAGUAUUUGAGUUGAUGCAAAGGAAUGGCAUUGCGACCAAUGUGUCUUCUCAAAUCCUUGUACUGAAGAGUUAUUUUAAGAGUGGAAGGAUUUCUGAUGUUCUGCAUUUCUUUAAUAAUCUCCGGCACCAGGGUGUGGUGAGCAAAAAAUUGUAUAAUCCCUUGAUUGUUGGUCUCUGCAAGUCCAAUAAGGCAGACAUUGCACUUGAGUUAUGUUUUGAAAUGUUAAAAGUUGGAUUAAAUCCGAGCAUUGAAUGCUACGAGGUUCUUGUGCAGAAGCUUUGCUCAUUGAAAAGAUAUCAUGAAGCAGUAAAUCUUGUUAAUGUGUAUGAGAAAACAGGACGCCGGUUAACUUCUUUUCUUGGCAAUGUACUACUUUUUCAUUCAUUGAUAUCACCAGAACUCUAUCAUACAUGUGUACAAUUAAGAAGUGGGAUAGAGGGGGAGCUUCAUGGUAGUUCAAUGCUGACCCCGAUCAUUGGUGCAUUUUCGGGCUGUCUCAAAGUAAACUAUUCUAUUGAGGAGUUGGAGGAAUUAAUAGCAAAGUUGUUUCCAGUUGACAUUUACACCUACAAUUUGUUGAUUAGGAAUGUAACUCAUCAUGAUAUGGACAAAGCUAAUGAGUUGUUUGAUAGGAUAUGUCAAAGGGGUCUUGAGCCCAAUCGUUGGACUUACGAUAUCAUGGCACAUGGCUUCUCAAAUCAUGGGAGGAAAGAUGAGGCUAAGCUGUGGGUUCAUGAAAUGAUCAGAAAAGGAUUUUAUCCACUAGAGAAUUCUAGAAAUCUCAUUUGAGGAGAAUAAAUUGAUGUGCUAAAGAUGAAAAAUGGGUCACACAAUUUUGGUAAGGAUAUUAUUAUUUUUACCUAUUUAUUAAAAAAUGGGUUUCGUUCCAUUCAUUGGUUUUAGUUUUUCUGUUUAAUUAUUCUUGAGCAAUCCUUGUAUCUCGUAUGCCCCUCCUCCUCCUUUUUUUUUCCUUGUGGAAGCAUUAGGAAAUAAAAUAUGUUUCCACCUUGUAUUAUUUACCACACUGACUAGAUUCACAUUAGCUAUGAUAUUUGGCAUAGCUUUUAUACAUCAUGUUAUUUGUCAUACUGUAUUUUUAAAGUUAGAAGCAUUGCUUCUUAUCCACUUUUUA